AGUGUCAACAUGUGGAAGAUGGAAGAACGUCAACAAGAAGAGGUGAUUCAGGUAGAGAGGAAGCUUUCAGGAUUCGAUUUUUGGAAAAAGUCUCUAAAUUCAGCCAAGUAUGUGGUGGCACCAAUGGUGGAUGCAAGUGAGCUGGCCUGGCGAAUGUUGAGCCGUAAAUAUGGAGCAGAGCUAUGUUACACCCCCAUGUUUCACUCAUCAGUUUUUGUUCGGGAUCCUAAUUACCGGAAAGAAGCAAUGCAGACAUGUCCAGAGGAUAGGCCACUGAUUGUACAGUUCUGUGCCAAUGACCCUGACACAUUCCUGAGGGCAGCCCAGUAUGUGGAGGAUAUUUGUGAUGCAGUUGAUUUAAACCUUGGUUGUCCUCAGACUAUUGCCAAACGAGGUCACUAUGGAGCAUUCUUAGAGGAUGAGUGGGACCUACUGAAAAAAAUGGUUGCACUCUGUCAUCAAAAGUUGAAGGUUCCAAUUACAUGUAAGAUUCGAGUAUUUGAGUCAAAAGAGAAGACAGUACUCUACGCACAGAUGUUGGAAAAGGCUGGCUGUCAGCUGUUGACUGUACAUGGUCGGACAAAGGAACAGAAGGGAAGAUUUACAGGCCUGGCAGACUGGGAUAUCAUCAAACUCAUCAGGGAGAGUGUCUCAAUUCCUGUAUUUGCUAAUGGUAACAUACAGUAUCUAGCUGACGUGGAGCGGUGUAUAGAUCAAACAGGAGUUCAGGGGGUCAUGUCAGCAGAGGGAAACCUACACAAUCCUGCAUUGUUCACUGGCGACAGCCCCCCAGUUUGGAAAAUGGCUGAGGACUACCUUGAGAUGGCUGAGAAGUACCCCUGUCCUCUAUCGUAUGCCAGGGGACACAUCUUCAAGGUGUUUCACCACAGCCUUAACGUACAUGCAGAUAUUCGUGAGCUUAUUGCAGUUGGAAGGUCUUUAGAGUGCUUCAGACUGGCUACCCUGAAACUGAAGGAGAGAUGCCUGGCAGAUGCAGAAAAAUACAAAGAGAACCCUGAACUGUUUUCAUCAGAGUUACCUUUCCCUUACUGGAUUUGUCAGCCCUAUGUCAGACCAGAUCCAAACGAUGUGGAUAAGAACAAAGAUAAGAAGACCAUAAAGCGCCCUCUGGAGGAGAAACUCCAGUCUCCGGAAUUUGCUGGAUUGUCCAAAAACAAGAUCAAAAGACUCCUUAGGAAUCCCCUUAAAAAGCUGACGAGAGGUUCCGAGGAAAAUUAUGAGAAGUGUGUGGCCUGCUGUAAUAUCAGGGGUAGAAAGUGUUCUUAUAUGAUGUGCAAGAAUUGUUGUAAAGAGAAGACAUUCCGGGAGAUUCUGGACUGUAAAGGUCACAGGAUUAUGCUUCACACGAAAAAUUCAAGCAAAGUUGCAUUUGAUCAGAAGAAAAGAGAAAUGGAGAAUAUGAAUGAAGAUACAGGGGAGGUAAAUCUAGACAGCAGGUGCCCUGACAAGGAACAGGGAUGUACUCAGGGGAUAAACAGGGAAAAUGAGGAGGACAGACUAGCUGAUGUGGACACUCAGGCUGAAAACCCAAUGGAAUUAGACACUAGUGAAGCACAAAGUGAAUCAACAAACAUCCUUCCAGUGUCUAAUUCUAAUACAGUGAUAGCAGACACAAGUUUUAAGGAGGGAAUGAGAUGAUAUUUUAAAUGUGCAUUUAGAUAUAUUAAA